AUGUCAGUUUCAGCUGUGUUGGGGCCUCAAUUGGUGGCUAUGGGUGUGGCCGUGAAGAACCCAUCUGCGACGGCGUCGUUUGGGGUCCCAAAGACAUCCCCAUGGCGCGGCUCAGUUGGUGGAGGGUUUGAGUAUGAGGAAAAAGGUGAUUUUGCAACCUCAACAAAACAUUUCAGGCAGGUUUUGUUUUAA